CCCUCUUCUCUCAAAUCAUCUCCACACUCACUCAUCUCCUUGAGAACCCAUAUAGCAGACACUUCGCUUAGCUUUCCAAUGGCGGCAGCCACCAUGUCCAUCUCCUCGACCUUUGCCGGCAAGACGGUGAAGAACGUACCAUCUUUGGUUCUCUUUGGCGAAGCCCGAGUCACCAUGCGCAAGACCGGAGCAAAGGCAAAGCAAGUUUCCUCCGGCAGCCCAUGGUACGGUGCCGACCGUGUGCUCUACCUCGGCCCACUCUCCGGUGAGCCCCCGAGCUACCUCACCGGUGAGUUCCCAGGCGACUAUGGGUGGGACACUGCCGGACUUUCAGCUGACCCUGAGACCUUCGCCAAGAACCGGGAGCUGGAGGUGAUCCAUUGUCGAUGGGCCAUGCUCGGAGCACUUGGUUGUGUCUUUCCUGAGUUGCUCGCUCGCAACGGCGUCAAGUUCGGUGAGGCUGUUUGGUUCAAGGCCGGUUCCCAGAUCUUUAGUGAGGGUGGUCUCGACUACCUUGGCAACCCAAGCCUCGUCCACGCACAAAGUAUCCUAGCUAUUUGGGCAUGCCAGGUGGUGCUCAUGGGUGCCGUCGAGGGGUACCGCAUUGCAGGCGGCCCACUCGGUGAGAUCGUCGACCCACUCUACCCAGGUGGCAGCUUCGACCCUCUUGGCCUGGCUGAAGACCCUGAGGCAUUCGCCGAGCUCAAGGUGAAGGAGAUCAAGAAUGGUCGCCUCGCCAUGUUCUCAAUGUUUGGCUACUUUGUCCAAGCUAUCGUCACUGGAAAGGGCCCACUCGACAACCUCGCUGACCACAUCGCCGACCCCGUCAACAACAAUGCAUGGGCAUUCGCCACCAACUUUGUCCCCGGCAAUUACUUUGCCGGCUCCCAGAUCUUUAGUGAGGGUGGUCUCGACUACCUUGGCAACCCAAGCCUUGUCCACGCCCAAAGCAUCCUAGCUAUUUGGGCAUGUCAGGUCGUGCUCAUGGGCGCCGUCGAGGGGUACCGCAUUGCAGGCGGCCCACUCGGUGAGAUCAUCGACCCACUCUACCCAGGUGGCAGCUUCGACCCUCUUGGCCUGGCUGAAGACCCUGAGGCAUUCGCCGAGCUCAAGGUGAAGGAGAUCAAGAAUGGUCGCCUCGCCAUGUUCUCAAUGUUUGGCUUCUUUGUCCAAGCCAUCGUCACGGGCAAGGGCCCACUCGAGAACCUCGCUGACCACAUCGCCGACCCCGUCAACAACAAUGCAUGGGCCUUCGCCACCAACUUUGUCCCCGGCAAGUAAGGUGUCUUGGGACUGUGCUCACCAUGAGGCGUGUUUUCUUGUGGUCUGAGUUGUACUACCAUGAUGUAAAUUACGAGAGUUUUGUGCAAAAUAAUGGUUUGAUUUGUCCA